AUCUAAUGUGGCACCGCUGAUUAAUUGUUUUCACAUGAGGAGGCAACUCAGUUUUCCACAUUUAAUGUUGCAGAGCAUCAUGUCAGAUUAGUGUGAACAAACGUGCACGCAGCCCUGCAUCUGGACACCCUUAAUGCCGUUUAAUCCCUUUUCUGUCAGCCACCAAUCCCCGUCCACCUACAGCACGCCUUCAGACCAUCUACCCAGCAAUAGUGUCCUCAGGAUCUCCAGGAUAGCUGCGCACGUUUAGUUUCAAGAUGAUCCAAACAACAGAGACAUAAGCUGUCCUGCCAUGUUGAAGACUGACCUUCACCUGCUUUCUAACAGAGCUGGGAUGGAUACAUAUACUCACCAAAAGCGGCCAUUGAUGCGCUCCUGCAGCUUUGGAGACACAACAACUCAAAGCUCUACUUUCCAAACGUUAUCACAAACUACAGACCUGUGCAAGGAAAGGAAGGGAUUGUCUCGAGAACGACGCAAAACUGUUGCGUCAUGCAUCCCUCCUUCUAUGGAUCAGAAUGGAAACUCCACUGAAAAGGAUGUAAACAGGCAAGUGUAUAAAUCUCUCAGUGAGCUGAACACAGAGGAAGUCUGCAAGUGGUUCACCAGUAUUGGCCUGCAGAAAUGUCUCCCUUUCAUCAGAGAGGCUCAGCUGUGUGGAGCAGAUUUAGCCUCAGUGGAUUCAACGACUCUGGACAUCCUGCACAUCAUCACCCUGGAGGACAGGGAGCAGCUACUCUCGGCCAUUUAUAACGAGCUUCACCCUCCGAGCACAAUGACUCGGACUCUUGACUCGAUGCUUGGGCCUGACAAUGUGGAGACCUUCACCGCAACUUUGGCAUCAAUGACCAAGUCCAAGUCCUCUCCACACGUAAGCUGCCUGAGCAUGCGUCAACGUUCUCUCAAACUAAGAAACCCCUCCCAUAACCUCACCGCGUCUCGGACUUCUCAGAUGAUAGAGAUCACAAUUAAUGCGUCAGAACGGAUAGUUCAUCUCAGAACUCCAAAGGAAACGACAGUAGGAAAAAUCAUGGGUUCGUGCUUUAAAAUGCUUGGAAUGACUGAUGAUAAGAGCUCAUUGAUUCUAAAGGAACAUCAAGAUUCACCAGAGCAGCUUUCCCCAGAUCGGCAGAUUGGCUCCAUUCUGACCUCAAAGUCAGAGAACGGACAGCUGGAGCUAUACCUCUGUAAAACGGAUAAGUCCACAAGCCCUGAUUUGCACCAUACCCCUGAAAUCAACAGCACUACAGAAACCGACAGGAGCAACGAAAAUGUCCUGGACAACCACCCAGCUAAAGAAGAGAGGAUCAGGGAAUUAAACCAGCAGGUGGAUUCGCUCCAAAAUGUUGUUCUUCAGGUGCAGGAGCUCCAUCAUGGCCUGGUAGCAUUUUGUUCUGAGUUGAAGACCAUGGACACCGAUGUGAAUGUGGAUGGGCUUGGGUCUGCUGAGCUGAGAGAGAGGCUGGAGGUGGUAAACAGCCAGCUGAUGGAGAAGAGGCAGAACUUUCUGAUCCUCAGAGACAACGUGAACAAUUCCACAGCUCACGGGAACAAACAGUUGGAAGUUCGUCUCCUGGAAAAGAUGAAGCUCAACUGCCAAGUCUUCAAGGAGGAAAUUACCAUCGUGCAUCUCAAUCGGCAGGCUGCUCAUCUCCAAAAGGCUUUGCAGGAAAGCUGUGUUAAGGAGAAGGCUCAAGAAAAGGCUUUGUCUGUUGGUAAUCUCAGCCAGCUGGUGUCCCCUCAGUCCCCGGCCAUGCUGAUGGUCAUACAGGAGAACCAGGGACCUGAUGGUCAUUACGGCUUCACGUGUGGCUGCAGAGAAGAGGGUGGACUGGUCGUGGUGGAGGUGGACAAUUCUCACCUCUGUGUGGAUGACAGAUUGGUGGAAGUGAACGGCGUGUCGGUGGUGAGCUCUACCCUCGAGGAGCUAACGGAUCUGCUGAGUGGACCAAACGCUCAAAUGGUUGUGAUUCGUCGGCUCCCGCCCACCCUGGCUUCCCACCUGUUACAGCAGCCCAUGGUCCGCCCUGAGCCUGCUGAAACACUUUGCCCCAAAAGGGAUGCGGUCACCAUGGAAACCCAUCCUCAGCAAUCUGAUGACCUCCCAGGACCAUCGAGGCUUUCUGGAGUGACGUGCUGCUGAGAAUCAGAAAGCCUCUCAGUCAUGUAGUAAUGACUCAAAACAUCCAGAAAUGGACCUGUGGAACAUCUGUGGAUGGAGCUGAAGCAUCUGGAGAUGGAAUCCUUCGGAUCUGAGCCUGUGGAGGGAGUCACCUGUCAACAGGUGCAGAAGCCUCAGUAAGAAUAACAGAAAAACACCUGACAACAGUGAGUGCCUCAAAAAUGUCAGUUUUAGAGUCAUUUUAGUCUGGUUUUUCAUUUCUUUGUCAUUUUUGAAUGAUUAUUUUGUCUGUUUGAACUAGUUUCAGUCACUCUUGUCCUUCAUUCUCUAAACGCGUUUAAUGAAAAGGUGCCAGUGCUUUUGUUCAGAGUGUUAGACCAGUCAUCCAGCAGAGCAGUUCCUGACACACGGAUGGAUUUGCGUGCUUGUGAUGCAACAAAAACAUCAAAAGAACUUUUUUGAUACCGUUCGCCAGCUUUGUCUUUCCAGAAUAGCAUCGCAGACGCUCCUUAACUCAAAUUUUUAAGAAUAAAUAUCUGGAUCUGGGAAUUCCCCAUUCAUCCGGCCUUUUAGGUAUUUCUUCCUCUUCUUAAGUGGCAGUGGAUCACGCUUGUCUGACAGCGAGACAUCACAAGCCUGAGCAAAACCUGACCCAGACCUUCAGGGUCCAUGAGAGCCUGAGAGGAAAAGUGAUGAGACUCGUUUUCCUCAUCAAAUGAUGAGAAAGGUCACAGGUCAGUUACCAGUGCAUUUGAGUCUUGAUGGUUUCCAAGUCAAAGUCAAAGCGAGCUGUGUAUAAUCCCGAUGACGAGAGAGAUGGCGUUUUCCACUUGCCAAAGAGCGCCGCAGGGAGGGAGGAGCGUGCUGCUGGCAAGCUGGAAAUGUGAAGGAUUUAGUCACAGCCAUGAGAAGCUGAACUUCGCUGUGCUUCAACAUGUUCAACAGUCCAAUGACACAGCCGAGUCAUAAGAGUGUUCCUCAAAAGGCUAAACGGUGCAGUGAGACGUUAAUAAAACACACACACACAGCAGCGCAAUAACAGGGUGUGGGCGUGCACGGCCUCAACGUGAC